AUGCCACGCUCAAUAGCAUCGCUCUUUCUGACUCUCGGUCUAUUUCUGGCCAAUGCCGGCGCUUCAGGCGCUCAGGGAGCAGCCCAUGCCCCCGGACACAGUCAGGAGUCCAAGCGGCCCAAUUUUGUCUUCAUCUUGACGGAUGAUCAGGACCUGCAUCUAAACUCGCUUGAUUAUAUGCCAAAUCUGCAGCGACUGAUUGGAGAUGAAGGCACAGUCUUUGAGCGACAUUUUUGUACCAUUGCUGUUUGCUGUCCGUCAAGAGUCAGUUUGAUGACAGGCAAGCUGGCACACAACACCAAUGUCACCGAUGUAACUCCUCCCUAUGGUGGAUAUCCGAAAUUUGUGUCAGAAGGCCAUAACGACAACUACUUGCCCAUCUGGCUUCAGGAUGCGGGUUACAACACCUAUUAUACCGGCAAAUUCCUGAAUUCGCACUCUACUUCCAACUAUAACAAUCCAUACCCCAAGGGCUGGAAUGGGACAGACUUUUUGAUGGACCCGUCUACAUACAGCUACUGGAACUCCACCUUCCAGAGCAACCACGAUGCCCCCGUAGUGUCGGACGGAUACUCAACCGACUUAAUCUCUAAUUACGCCCUGAACUUCAUUGAGAAAGCACAGGGAUCUGAUAAGCCAUUCUUCAUCGGGAUCGCUCCUAUCGCGCCGCAUGCGCAGACGGCUGCAGUCGAGGGCUCGUCUAUUCCAGCAUUCACCGACCCGGUCCCUGCCGCGCGACACGCAAAUAAAUUCCCCAAUGCAAAGGUUCCUCGAGGCGAAAACUUUAAUCCAGAUACGCCGAGCGGAGCCAGCUGGGUCUUGGAUCUGCCCCAGUUAAAUUCUAGCGAAGUCACCUACCUGGACGAGUAUUACCGCAGGCGACUCCAGUCCCUCCAAGCAGUCGACGAGCUGGUAGAGGGCGUAGUGACGAAACUCGAGCAUUACGGGCUACUGGACAAUACCUAUAUCUUCUACACCUCCGACAACGGAUAUCACGUCGGACAGCAUCGCAUGGUCCCCGGCAAGGGAUGUCCAUACGAAGAAGACAUCAAUGUGCCCAUGAUGGUCCGUGGUCCUCGAGUGCCCAAGGGCCGGACAGUGGACUUUGUCACCUCGCAUACAGACAUCGCUGCGACUCUAUUCGAUCUGGCCGGUAUUCCCUUGCGAGAGGACUUUGACGGUCUCCCGAUGCCAUUGACCAGUUCGGAGAUGCAAGAUGCCAAAGAUGACCCGCGCCGGGAGCAUGUCUCCGUCGAAUACUGGGGUACGAACCUUCAGGAAGGUAGUAUCGGGCGUACUUCACCUACGGGGCCUGGAGUUGUCUAUGGUAACAACACUUAUAAGGCUAUGCGGGUUAUUGGUGACUCGUACAACCUGUUUUACUCGGUGUGGUGUACUAACGAGCACGAACUUUACGAUUUGACGAAUGACCCCUACCAAAUGCGAAAUCUUUUCACCAAGUCAAAGAGCAAGCUACUUGGACGGGAUAUCAAGCAGGUCAUCUCCCGGCUAGAUGCUCUCUUGUUGGUGCUUAAGAGCUGCAAAAGCUCCGAAUGCACGCUUCCCUGGCAGGUGCUUCAUCCGGAUAAGAAGGUCACUAGUCUUUCCGAAGCACUGAAUCCCAAGUAUGACGCUUUCUAUGCUGCGCAGCCCGAUAUUAGUUUCUCAGCUUGUGAGUUGGGAUACUUCCCGGAGUCUGAGGGGCCGCAGGAGGGGUAUGCGUAUCGACAGAAUGGGGAUUGGAGUUACUGGGCGUAG